UAGUAUAGUUUACAGCAAAAGUCAACUAGAAUGUAAUAAGGCACGUUAGUUUCGUAUUAUAACUAUAUCUAACCUUAGUUACGAGUCAUUCAAAACAAAACCAAAUGGAGCUAGAAACAAUACUGCGAAAAUGUGCAACAACGAAUAAAUCAGAAGUAAAAUCGGAAGAUAAUGAAAAAAGGGAGGAUGAAUAUUUUCAAAAAAUAUACGAACAGUGGAAGGGCGCCAAAGCUAAAGAUAAAGAUUUAACUUAUAAAGUGAUACCCAAAUUUUAUUUUAAGCUACCGAAAGAAGACGAAAUUUUACCACAAAAAUUACGCGAAGAAACACGAGCUUUAUUUUUACAAAGACGUUCACGACAAUUGCUAGAUAAUAACGAACUUAAGGCAUUAUGGGUAUUAUUAGAUAAACACCACAGUCCUCCUUUAUCAGGGGAAGAGCAAUUAAUCAAUUAUGAAGAUUUUAAGAAAGUAGGGAAAUUAGCUGGUGCAAAAUGUAGCCCAUAUUUCACAGCUGUUGUAUUUGCUAAAUUGCAACAAGGUGACCCUCAUGGUAGAAUUAGUAUAAUGGCAUUGUUUAAUUAUGUUAUGAGAAAGGUAUGGUUGCACCAAACAAGAAUUGGACUUUCUUUGUAUGAUGUUACUGGUCAAGGAUAUCUUAGAGAAUCAGAUUUAGAAAACUAUAUUCUAGAAUUAAUACCAACAUUACCUCAACUUGAAGGACUUGAGAAAUCAUUUCAUUCAUUUUAUGUUUGUACAGCUGUAAGAAAGUUUUUAUUUUUCCUUGAUCCACUUCGAACUGGCAGAGUUAGAAUUCAGGAUAUUUUAGCAUGUAGCUUCCUUGAUGAUCUCUUAGAAUUAAGGGAUGAGGAUCUACCUAAAGACUUACAGGAAGCAAAUUGGUUUUCAGCACCAUCAGCUCUUAAAGUUUAUGGGCAGUAUCUCAAUCUUGAUAGAGAUCAUAAUGGGAUGCUCAACAAAGAAGAACUUGCUGGAUAUGGUACAGGAACAUUAACUGGAGUAUUUUUGGAAAGAGUAUUUCAAGAAUGUUUAACAUAUGAGGGAGAAAUGGAUUAUAAAACAUAUUUAGACUUUGUUUUAGCGUUAGAAAAUCGACAUGAACCACAGAGUUUACAUUAUUUAUUUAGAAUUCUUGAUAUUAAUAAUCGUGGUUAUUUGGAUACAUUUUGUCUUAAUUAUUUUUUUCGCGCCAUACAAGAACAAAUGACAAUGCAUGGUCAAGAACCAGUGAGUUUUGAAGAUGUUAAAGACGAAAUAUUUGAUAUGGUAAAGCCAGCAGAUCCAUGUAAAAUUACAUUGCAAGAUUUAUUAUCCUGUGGACAAGGUGAUACAAUGGUAAGUAUCUUAAUAGAAUUUCAUGGCUUUUGGGCAUAUGAAAAUCGUGAAGCUAUGGCAGCUGAUACUGGCGACGAAUCAUCCCAUUCUCCACGAAAAUCUGUAUCUAAAAGUAUUAUUAAUGAAAAUAAUGAGCACAUAAAUAAAGAGAAUGGCAAGAUUGGACUCUGCAAUGUGAAGACAAAAUUACAAAGGCUUGGGAGGCUGUAUUCUGAUGACAGUAGCAGAGAGUUAAGUUCCCCAAUUCACAGAACAGAAGAAAAAUUUCAUGCAGAAGAAGAAGAAGAAGUCAUUGUACAAAAAACACCCAAAAGAGGAGCUAGGCUUGAUAGAUUAGCAGCUCUUGCUUCAACAAUUAAUAAUUGGGAAGAUGACCUUUCACAUCCAACUUUAGUAAAACCAGUAAGUAAUAAAGCAGAUAAAAUACAAGCAAAGUUAAAUCAACAAGUGAAAUGUGCUUCAGAGCCACAACCAAGCACAAGUGGUUAUAAUAAAGGAAGUAGAAAUAGUAAAGGUACUUAUUCUAAAAAAGAAGAAUCUUGUUCUACAAAGCAAUUGAAAUGGGACAAGACUAUAUUGGAAACACUAGAGGCUCAAGGUUUUAGUCGUACAGAAAGCGAUAGUCGCCUUGUAUAUGAUUAUAAGGCUUGUUCUCAGGAAAAAGAUGCGGAGUCUUCGAGUUCAUCGCCUAAACAUCUUCGGCAAAAUCAGGAAACCAUUAUGACACUCUAUGGACAAAAAAAUUAUAAAAAAGGAGAAGAUUCUACAAAACAUAAGUAUACCAAAAAUUCUAACACACCAGAAAAAACAUCAAGAAAUGCAACAUCCAGCACAAAUAGCACCCGAUUAACACCUAGAUAUGGUUUAAAUGGCUCUCCUAAAAGUCCUGCUCAAUCUAGCCCAGGUUCAGUAUUAAGCAAAGCUUCAUUAUUUGAAUCCAAAAAUACAGAAGCAAAGGUGAAAGAUCCUACUCAAAUGACACUUUCUGAGAGAAUGGCACUAUUUGAAAAGAAUAAAGGAGAAGCGCCAUUAUUACCUAAAGCACCUCUUACUAUGUCUAUACCACCAAAAAAAUUACAAGAAAAAGAUAAAACUAGUUCACCAACAACACAUUCAAAUAGUGGAGCAAAAGAACGACCUAAAGCUGAUAUCCCUAAUAAUGCUGUUAAUGUCCAACGAGAAAAGUUUGAGCAAGGCUUAAAUAUGCAAGAGUUAGAAAAUAAUAUUUUACGUAACACUUAUUUGGAACGACAACGCGAAUUAGAUAUGUUACGUUCUCGUUUCAAUAGAAAUAAGGAAAUGGCACAAGCAGCUGCUGGUUCGUAUAUUAGAACAAGUGAAAGUAGUGAAGGAAAACCAAAUUCACCAAAAAAUUCUCCAAUUUGUCCAGUAAAACCAACACCUGCACCUGAUCAAGGUGUUCCACCUCCUCCACCACUUCCACCACAGUCGCAUAUUUCUAACGAAAAAUUAAUUCCAAAUGAAAAUAAAAAUUCACCAAAUAAAAGACAAGUUGUAGGAAGUCCAAUGAAAACAACACAGCAGGUAAAAAUAGCGUCUGACAUUAAACGCAUUCGUGUUGCUCCACCGAAACCUGGACAUCUCUAUCCUAAUCUUUCUAAAAUUGAAAAUACGACAGAAACAGAAACCGAUACAGAAUAUACCGUUAAUAGCACAGAAGCAGAAACUGCUACUUUAGAUGAGAAAACUGACACAGAAACAGGGACAGAGGCUGAAUAUUAUGUUCAAGAUAAUGAAACUGAAACCGAAAGUGAAGAAGAAAAAGAAGAUAUGAAUAGUAGUCUUGGUAGAAGCAUUUUGCGUGUUGUAAAUGAACAAAGUUUUUUGAAUAAGAAGAGAUCAAUUGAUCCUGAUCCAGAUAGCACAACUUCCGAUAUUUCAGUAUUAGAUGAGAUGGAUGAAUAUUUAGAUGAGUGUCUUGCCUUACAAGAAACACACACUGGAAAUGCUUAUGUAGAAGAAGGACCAACUCCUCCGAAAUUAAACAAAGGUGGUAAAAGUCCAUCAACAGCUUCAACAAGUUUUAAAUAUAGCGAUGUCUCAUCGUAUCGUUCACCUAUAAAAAAAGUUACUUCAGCAUCUCCUAAAAAAGGCGAGCCUUACAUCGUAGAUGGUGAAAAUUGUGUACCAUUAAUGCAUAGUAUUAGCUUUUAUAGACGUCAGCAAUCUCAAACGCCAAAAACACCAGUACGUAUAAUAUCCAGAGCACAAGAAUCGACUGAUAUUAUUCCUGAUACAACGCAAAUUGACGUUAAGGAGGAAGCAAUUUUAGUACAAGAAAAAGUGAAACGUUUAUUAGAUGAAGUAUGCAAACAGCAAACGAUUAUUGGUCAAGCUAGUCAGGCACUAAAUUUGUGUACUUCUACAGUAGAAUUCAAUGGUUCCAGAGAACAAGUUGAAGGAGAAAGAUUGCUGCUCGUUGCUACUCAUAGACGACAAGCCGCAUUAAACGAAGUUCAACGAUUAAAAGUCGAAGGUACUUUAAAACCUGUUAGUCCUGGAUCACCAGAAGUACAAGAAAGUGGUUCUUUGACUGUUUCGGCUAUUACUUUACCUCUUAAAAGAGAUUACUUUCGUAAUAUGGGUACAAGCACAUGCCUUCAUUUUGUUUGUUUGAUGCGACAUUUGGAAGAAAUAGUUGUUACUCCGAUAGUUGUAGCAGAACCUGGUGACUCAUGCCUACGAUUUCCAUCAACAUUAAAAUUAAACGAUUUAUAUAAUGAUUUCAAAAUUACUAUUGAGAUAUACUCAUUGCAAACACAACCUGAAAUCUUGCCACAUGAAAUUAAGUAUCAUAUUAAUAAUGGUAAUGGUUGUAGUAAUAGUAGCAAUAAUUGUAAUAAAAAAUUAGUAAACAAAACUCCAAAAAAAUUUUUGAAACAAGAAAGUCGGCUAGUAAUGCCUAAUGUGCAAAGUCCAGCUGGACCAUCUGCUGUUAGAUCUCCAUCUUUUCAACUGUCUGGCUACGUUAUAUUCAGUUUGAAAGAAAUACAUCGCCAACAAUUCACGCUGAAUAAGGUACCACCACAAUCUCCGUUAGAAGGCCGAUUACAAAUGCAUGUUUCGUGUGAACUGUCGGUAGCGGUAGAACAUAGAGGAUUUCUUACAAUGUUUGAGGAUGUAUCUGGAUUCGGUGCUUGGCAUCGCAGAUGGUGUUUGCUUAAAGGUUCUACUUUAUCGUACUGGAAAUAUCCCGAUGAUGAGCGAAAAAAGGCUCCCAUUGGGAGCUUAGAUUUACAAAAUGUUAGUACAACAAAUGUAGGAUUAGUUUCUCGAGAUAUUUGUGCCCGCCCUAAUACUUUUUUACUCGAAACAACUAGAGCUGCGGAACCUGAAGAUACUGAAAGUUUAAUUAUGGUUAGAAAUGGAAAUACGACAAUAAUUAGGCACCUUUUAUCAGCCGACACAAAAGAAGAUAGAUUGGAGUGGUGUUCGAAAAUUAAUAAAACAUUGAAUUUGAUACAUGCUUGGGGUGGGCCAUUAGCAUUUUCGUAA